CUCGCCUCCCUCCCUUUCCUUCCUCACUUCCCAACUUCUCUUUCUCUCUACUCUCUCUCUCUCUAAAAAUAUUCACAACGAAGAUGGCGAGAGACAAGAACGAGCUUUACGUUACUGUGCCUAACUUGUUCAGGUGCCCGAUUUCUAUGGACGUGAUGAAGUCUCCGGUGAGCCUCUCCACCGGCGUUACCUACGACCGAUCUAGCAUCCAGACCUGGCUCGACAACGGCCACAACACUUGCCCCGCCACCAUGCAGGUCCUCCCUUCCACUGAUUUUGUCCCUAAUCUCACCCUCCGCCGCCUCAUCCAUCUCUGGUCUCACGACUCCCACUCAAUCCCUAUGUCCUCCCCCCACUCCGACGCCUCCGCUCCUCCUCCUCUGAUUUCUAAGCAACAGCUACUUGAUUCUAUCAAGACCAUCGACAAAUCAACUACGAAUUGCUUAGAUUCGCUCUUGCAGAUCGCCAAUUUCGCCAAGUAUUCCGGCGAGAAUCGCGAGUUUCUCGCAAGUAUUGAUGGAUUUGUUUCCAGGAUCGUUGGAAUCUUGUGCAAUGUCGAUGAAAUCCAAGUGCUGGAAUUGAUUAUGACUGUUUUGGAUUUGAUUGUAUCUGAAAAUGGAGUCAAAGAAGAACUGAUCAGACUAGUGUUCAAAUGCAAUCGAGAUUGUUUGUCUCCAUUCGUCUCGGUUCUCGAGAGAGGCAGUUUGAGUUCUAGAAUCGAAUCAGCUAGGGUUUUGGAAUCAAUCGCGUUCAACACCGAAUCUCAACGCGCAAUCACCGAAAAGCAAGGCUUAUUGUUCGAACUGCACCGUCUAGCAAGGUCCGAAACCGAUCCAACGGCUAUAGAGGCCGGAUUAUCCUGCCUGAUCGCCUUAUCAACAUCAUCUAGACCGGUGAAAAAACAACUCGUCCAGUUCGGAAUCGUGAGAACCGCAGGGAAAAUCAUCUCCGGUUCGGACACGGUUGUAUCGGUGAUCGAGAAAGCUAUGAAGCUGGUAGAGAUGGUGUCGACGUGCGCGGAGGGAAGGGCGGCGAUAGGAGAAGACGAGAACUGCGUUGCGGCGAUCGUCAAGAGAUUGAUGAAGGGAACGAGUGCGGGGACGGAGCACGGUGUUGCGGUGCUCUGGAGCGUAUGCUAUCUGUGCCGUGAUCGGACGGCGCAGGAGGCCGCGAUGAGGAACAACGUUUUGACCAAGGUACUGCUGGUCAUGCAGAGCGGUUGUACGGCCAGAGCUAGGCAGAUGUGUGUUGAUUUGGUGAAGGUGUUCCGAGUUAACUCGAAGUCGUGUUUGGCGAGUUAUGAGACUAAAACUACUCAUAUUAUGCCGUAUUGACUCACUAGCGAAUAGUCUUUGAACUCGUUCCCCUAACUUUUUUUUCUUUUUUUCCUCCUUCACAUACAGAUAGUUCACAGGCUGUAAAUCAAAAGCAAAUUUAUUGACAAAGCAAAAUGAGAAUUAUUCAUUUAAUUUUUGUAUUAUUUCA